AUGGGACUCUAUGUUGUGCAUCAUAAUUCUAGGAUACCAUUUGAAAGUGCAAAAAUAGUAUUCGAUGAUGAAGCCAUGAUGUCGUAUCCAUGGGGUCCGAUUGCAUAUGAAGUUCUUGUUGUCUCUAUUAAAAUGUUGGAUCCACAAGGAAGGACAUACACCAUAAACGGCAUGAAGGACACUUUAUUGAUUUUGGCGUAUGAAUAUGUCACUUGCUUUAGAGAGCGGUUUAGGAGAGUGGUCAACAAUGACGACAAUAGUGAAGACAUUCCGCUUUUGCGAUGGGGUGGAAAGCGUACACGUGCUAGUUUCCAACGUUUAUUCUCUGAGGAGACCAGAGAGCACGGCCGGGUGCGUGUUAGGAAUAUGGUUAUGAAGGAAUCAGUUGAAGAGGUGUUUCCUCAAUGGCUGGGUGAAGCUGAAGACUUACAACUCGUCAAAAGCUUCAUUGGUAACAACACACACGAGAAAUCUUUACCACAGACUGUACAACAGAAGUCCGUUAAUAGUCCACUAGCAACGGUAUAUAAGACCCCUACUGGUAAAGAUCUGGAGGCGAAAAAUUCUUUGGUGGAGAAGAUUACUAAUGCCAAUGCCAAAAAGGAUGAGGCUGAUGCGAAAGAGGUUGCUGCGAAGAAGGUCGCUGCAACUCCUUCAAAACCUGAUCAUCUUGAUUUCCUUAGUAUUUCUCCUACUAAAGAUGUUAAGGUACCUAAGCAUCGAGCCUAUGGACGCGGCUGUAAGGUCAAUCCAAAACAGAAGGAUGAGGAUGCGUUAACUCAGAAGGCAGAGGCUGUUCAGAAGGCAGAGAUUGCUUUAAAUAAGAAGAAAGCGGCUGAGUUAAAGAAAAAGGAAGCGGCUGAGUUAAAAAAAACAAAUAGCCGCUGCUAUGAAAAAACAUGCUGGGUUAAAGAAGAUAGUUCCAUUGUGGAUGUGACAGACGACAUUAUCGCGUCACAUAAUGAAUUGUUGCCGGAGUCUGAUGUCGAGCUAGAGGAAGUGGUUAGAUCUUCCAGGAUAAAGGAGUAUCGGGAGAAAACUGUUCAAUUAUCUACACAGGGUUGUUCAUUGGUGGCAGUUUCUUCAGAACCAUGUUUUCUUUACAUUGGAGACAAUGGAACGACGUGCAUGAGGAAGAAUGUUGAGCCUUCAACCGCUAUAUAUGAUCCUCUAGCACAUGUUGAUCCGUUUAAAGUGGAAAUCCUUAUGGAUUACAUAAGUAAAAUUCCAUCCCAAACCGUCAACAUUACAGAAACCAACUAA